AUGCCCUGUAAUGAACAGACCUCUCAUAAACCGAAGCCCAACCAGCUCGUGGAUGGUGGACAGAUGAAGGUGUUAAGUGCAGGGGAGCAGGUACUUGUGCUGAGACAUCUCUCAAGGACUUAUCGCUUAGGUGUUGCACUUGUUCGAGUGCUAGCGGCACUGCAGUUGCUGCUGGCUUUUUUGUAUAUAUGUUUAAUAAUUGUAGGCUACCCGCUGGUAGUGGUUGAUUUAAAUGAUAAUAUGUCAAAUACCUCGGCAUCCCCAACGAAACCAGGCGCUCUUUCCCGUGGGGGUACCGCAGCCAUUACCAUAUCGGCCGUUCUUUUGGCCGUUGCGGGCCUCUCUGAUAUACGGUCGUGCCGUGGAGUACUUUACGUGCAUCCUUCACUACCUGAUAUUGGUAGCCAUACAAACAAUUUUCCUCGCACCACGCAAACCAGGCAUGUGGAAGGGAAUACCGAUUCCUUUUCUGAUAUCUCUCCACGAUAUCAGUUUGUGAUUGCUCUUUUGUCGCUAUUACCGACUACCUAUUGGCUCUUUACAAUGGUUUCAUACCGCUGGCACUUGGCACAGAAGGGUGCAUUGUUGUUUGGAUUUGUAGAGAACUGGCGAGAACUGUUGAUAGUUAUAUGGCAACCUGUGGGGCAUACAAUAUUUGGAAUGUUGCUUGCCUCAAUGGUUUCAGCCAAGGAAGACCUGAUCGGCUUGGCGCAUAUGAAGUACGAGUAA